AUGCAAUCACAGUUCCUCUUCCAUUCAUGUUUGCAGAGUGUCUUAUCUCGCUACUGGCAUCGAAGGUCCGAAAGAACGAUAAGAUCAGUUUCUUGGCACUUGGGACUCCCUGUUAUACGCGACUGUCCGCAAAAUUUAUUCGAAUUGCAUCUUAUUGCUCUUAGUUAUGUAGCGAGUAGAAACAAACGAUUAAAUAUUUAUUUGAUAAUACCGAGGAUAAUACAUCGGUAUUUGAAUCAAAUAAAUUUUUUUUUCAGUCUGAAUAAAAGAAAAAAGAAAAAUAAAAAGCUGAUCAUUUUUGUUUUAGGAAAGAAAAAAUUGGACCCAUCGUGCUGUCCAGUUUGCGGUGUAACUGUGAGGGCACAAGAAUUGGAGCAACAUUUUGUUCAUGAAUUAGACAAACUUUUUAAGUUGACCUCCGUUACACCACGUCCUAGACAAUCGAGAUCAGCUUUACCACCGGGUGCUCCGGAUCAUCCCCAUUCAUCUCUCUUACAUGCACCCUCUGCGUCCGACGGCACGCCACUGGGCAGAUGGGAAACUUUCAAAAGAGUCAAGGCCAAUCGACAAGGCAGAAUUCGUCUCAAGAAUCGGAAGAGAAAAGCCGACGAGCCAACUUGUCCGGUUUGCAAUGAACGACUUUCGGGAACACCGGAAGAAUUAAAUCAACACGUCGAGAGAUGUUUAAACAAACACAAUGGUAAUUCAACAGGAACAAAUGCCAAUGACGAGGAAGACGUCGAUGUUGAAGGCGAUUCUGAAACUUUCGAGGAAUACGAAUGGGCUGGACAAAAAAGAGUUCGAGCCACUUCAAUGCUCAUUGGCGGAUUUUCUGCUGCAGGAUUGGCGACAUCUUCGAGUAGUCGUAAUUCAGCAGGUGGUCAACACGAAGAUGAAGAUGUGGAUCUUGUUGUGGAUGGUGAUGAAACGGCUCAAUUUGGUCCAGCUCAGUAUUCGGAAGCUGAUGUUGUGGCAUUAAGAGUUGAUGGUGAUUCGCGGGAACAAAAAGAGAGAGACGCUCUUCGGGAAGCUGUGAUAUCGCCUAAUGCACUUCCACACACUCCUCCGGAUCAAUUGCGAAUGCAGAUUGAAGUUAAACCAGAACCUGGUUCGACAACUCCAUCAGGACAACAGAAUGAGGCUGAAGAAAAUUCCGCUUCAGUGUCUCCAAAGAAAGAAAUUGAAGCUCCCGUCAUUGAGGCACUUCGAGGACGAAUCAAGGAACUUGAAGCCGAGACUCGAGGGCAGCCUUUCAAGUGUUUGAUCUGCAUGGAGCCUUUCAAAAAUCCAGUGACCUCUGUUUGCUGUUGGCAUGUCCAUUGUGAACAAUGUUGGCUGCACACUUUGGGAGCAAAAAAACUUUGUCCUCAGUGCAACAUGAUCACAUCACCGGGAGAUUUGCGGCGAAUUUAUAUGUGAACCCGGCGAUUUGGUGGCCAGUAAAAAAAAAUUGCCACUCUGGCUAAUAUCCGUCAAGGAGUUUAUCCUAAUUUUAAACCUAACUACAAAAUUCGUGUUGUCCAAAAUAAAUUGGGACCGCGGCCGCUUGUAUAUUUGUAUAUUAUGUUAUAAAUUAACGAUUUAAAUACCGUUAUAAAUAUUUAGAGAUAAUAAAUUAACAUCUAGAUUGUUCAAAUAGAUAAAUAUUACCUAGAUAGACAGAAUUUUUGACACUGAAAUUUUCUAGAAACUGCAAUAAUUAUAUCUAGGCCGAAUUGCGAGACUUUUUUUUCAAGUUUCUGAAAAAUAAUCUAGGGUACUACAUUUUAGGAAGUAUUUAAUUAAAAUUUUAAGUUUUAACAUUUGUUCUCUAACUUAAAUAAUUAAAAAAAGAAGGUUUAUAAAAUGAUUUAUCGAUGAGAUAAACAAAUACAGCAGUAUAAUCUCUAUUCGCUUUUUUAAAGAUGAAAAAUUAAAAAAUUCUUUAAAAAUAACGUUUUUUCUUAAUAUUUGUGCUAUAAAUAUAUGUAAAUAAAAAUAAGGUAAGUGUGUGAAUUAUUAAAAAUAAAAAAUAACGAAUUUAUUAACACAAUUUUCAUUCAAAAAUGAAACAACUUCUCUAUAUACACUUUUCCUACAUAUUUUUUUCUAAUAGUAAGUGUUUAAAAAAAGUAAUUAUCAAUAAAACUCAAAUUUGAGAUUUUCUGCUGUAUUCUUCAAGAAUUUUUGCAUUUUACUGUCGAAUAAAUUUCGACAUUUUACAUGUAUUAAUAGGUACUUAUUUAUUAUCAUAUAUAUUAUUUAUGUAGUUUAUAAAGAUGUUUUCAAUGCAGAUUCUGUCUGUUUAGGUGAAUUUUCAUUUCCACGUCACUUUAAUCAAAGAUUAUCUUUGCAUUAUUUUUAAAAUUCUAUUCGUCGAUAUAAUUUAUUUUUCAAUGUGAAACAUUAUGUCCCAAAAUAAAUGCACAGAAUUGAAAUACACUGUCUUGAAUGUCCGUGAAACGGAAAUGGAAGUCCCAUUUUCUUAUUAGAAAGUAUUCAACGUUUAGAGAAUUAAAUAUAUCAACAUGUCACUCAGCAAUUCUAUUAAUAAAUCUUCGAAUUUUUCUUUUUAUUGUCUCUCGAUUGUCAAGAUUUGUAAUGGAAUUUUUGUUUCCAUUUAAUAAUCUCUGCAUAUAAUCAAAUAAUCCUGGUGAAAUGUGUAUGAAUGAUUUACUUAUAGAUUAAAAAGUAAAGACUGAGUGAGGAGAAAAACAUUGUUAAGGUUGCACUUGUACCUUUUUGCCGAAGAGUUUUCAAUUGUCUUAUAUAUUAAAAUUCAAAAUGACUUUUGUUUCAUAAUAUAUAUAUAUAUAUUUUUCAUAGAAUUUUUAUUGCAGAGUUUAACUCUUAAAGAGAAAAUAAACAAAGUGUCAAUUCUUUCCAUCACUGAGAAAUACUAUUUUUUCUGUUUUUUUUAUAUUUAUUUUUUUUUUUUUAGAUAGAUGUGCAUAUUUGCUCCACCAAUUUGGACGCUACGUGAAUUAUAUAUUUAUAGCCACUUUUCGGGACACUUGAAGACUUAUUGUAAAUACACAAAAACCCCUAAAAGCUGUGCUGUAUUCAAAAUAAAAUGACCAUGGAAAUGUAA